GUUUCUGUAUUGCUUGACUAGAUUCAUUAUUUGUGCACUUCACGAGUUUGAAUUUGAUGAGCAAACCGAUUGCUUUUUUUUUUUUUAGGAUUUGAUAUAUGGACAUACCCAUAGUUUGGGUAUAAGUUUUGUUUUUUGAUAACUCAAGUGUUUUGAUCAGUUUACACGCACCUCAACUAAUCCUGGGGUCUCAAUCCCACCACCCACAUGCGGGGAGCCCUAUAAAGCCUAAACAAAGCUCCUUACGGUCUGGCCCCAAGGGGAUUGAUAGCAUCUGGGAGGUUUCAAACCUUAGGAGGGAGCAAACCCAUAGUCCCAAGUCUUGACCACCAGGCCAACCCCUUGGGAUUCACUGUUUGGGUUUAGUGGAAAAAUUAUGAAAUUCAAUAGUUGCAUCUGUUGUGUUACGGUGAUCUCUUUUGUUUUGUUGGUGCCUUACCGACUUUAUUGGGGAUCUGGGACCUCAUUAUUGAUGGGGUGAUUCGUGUUGACAUCGAUGCUAUUUUCUAGUUCUCAUUUUAGCUUGUUGUAUUAUUCUCUCAUGUUAAUAAAAUGUAAUAUUAGCUCCACACGCUGUGUUGGCACUGUUUGGUUCACUGGAAUGAAGCUGGAGUGGAAUGCUCGUUCCAACCCUUGGUUCGCUAAAGAAUGAGAGAAUAUUCAUCACAAAUAGAACCAUCAUUUACUGACAUGGGUGAAUUGUCAUUGUGUUGGGAGAGCAAUGAAUUGUUAUUAAAAUCAUUCCAGCAAACUAAACUCUACAUUUGGGGACUUGAAUGUCGAAGUUUUCUUGUUCUUAAGGGUUUUGGUAUUUGUUUGAGGACUUGGCAUUAGAGAGGGUGACCUAAUUGGAGUACAAUGAGAGACACCAGCAUGCCAUAUCUUGGAUUGUUUAUUUCCUGAAAAAAAUAUCUGAACAUUAGUGGAUUUGGUACAGGAUUUGUAUAUGCAGAGUAAUCAAGAGUGGUUGGAUAAAAUUUUGUUGAGUUAGAGGGAAGAAUUGUCUCAAAUACAUGUUCUUGCUGAGUUGUUUUGGCAGGAUAUGUUCUCAGAAGCUCUUUUAUGUUUUGGUGCAAGUUCUACCAGUAUGGAUGAAGACGACGAUGAAGACAAUGAUGCUGAGUACUGGUACCAUAAAUUCUGAUGUCUCUAUUAGUUGCAUAUUUGACGAUUGCAAAGAUGUGGACAAGUGCAUUUCACAUGCUGCAAAUUCUAUAGGCUUGAAUGAGAGACCUCGUUACAAAGUCAUCAAAGGUGACCCACUUGACUGGAUAAACAAUACUAAGGAAUCAUUUAAUCCAGUAGAAGUCGCUGAGGGGCUUUGGGUUGUGCCUGAGGGGAGGACUCCCCCAGACCUUCAAGCUACAAACAUAAUUCUGAAUCCUGGAUUCGCAUUUGGAACUGGGGAACACCCUACUACUAAGCUGUGUCUCUUGCUGCUUCGUAGCUUAGUAAAAGGAGGAGAAUUGUUUUUGGACUACGGAACCGGUUCUGGAAUUCUUGCAAUUGCAGCUAUUAAGUUUGGUGCUGCCUUCUCUAUUGGAUUGGAUGUAGAUCCUCAAGCAAUUAGAUCUGCACAACAGAAUGCUUCCUUAAACAACUUAGGAGCUGAUAAAUUGCGAUUGCACCUUGUUCCCAGCAAGAGCUGUCCCACUACAUUUAGAAACGGAGAAACUGAAACACAGAAGUGCGAUGUAGUCAUUGCAAACAUCCUUUAUUAUCCUCUCCUUGAAUUGGCAGAUCAUAUAGUUUCUUAUGCCAAGCCUGGAGCCGCUGUUGGUGUCUCGGGUAUCAUAUCGGAACAGGUUCAAUAUAUUGUUUUACACUAUUCAAAGCUCUUGGAUGGCAUUUCAGUCACAAAGAUGGAUGAUUGGGCUCUUGUAAGUGGCACCAGGAAGAGAAAUUCAGUUGCUAGCUGAAGGGGAUAUAGUUUCAUUGAAGCACCGGGUGAAACCAUACUCUAUUUUUCCUUAUAACUGAGUGUGUCUGGACUGCGCACCUCGACUAAUUAACAAACUUGGAAGCGACUAAUUAACAAACUUGGAAGCUACUAUCGACUGACCGUGUUCAAAGGCAGGCCUUGGGUAGUUGGGUGUCAAAGCGAAUUUGCUAUCUAGACUGUUUUCGAGUUCAAAUGAGAACAAGAAGAAAUGGUGAUGUUAAACCUCAAACUUAACCCCUUAUUAAGUAUGUCUUCCAGAGCGGAGUUGUAAACAACUGAGAAGUGAGAAGGCCAUAAAGUUUUCUGGGACAAUAUCAGAGAAGAAAUUCAGAAGAAAUGGUAGAAAUUUCUUGGUUAACGUUACACACUUGGGUUUCCUUUCAAGGCAUAUUUGGACAACUCCUGAAUAGACGUCUUAAUGCUACUUCUUGUCCACUUUUCAAGUUAUUUCCAAUGAAAUGUUUUACUAGGGUUAUCAUA